UCUGUCCGGAGCAGGAUGCAUCGAUCCGCGUGCUGGUAGCGCUUCCUCCGGGGAAUGGAGCCGGACUGCGGCGCGCCGUCUGCCGGGAGUUCGAUCCCCCUGAACGAGCCCGAGCAGCGGUACUACUCGGGUCUGCGCAGCCUGUGUCAGCAGGCGGACUCCCCGGGGACACUGUCCUCCAGCAAAGUGUCGGAGCUGUUCAAGGCGUCCCAGCUCCCCCCCGAAGCCCUGCACAAAGUGACCGAGGUGUGUGGGGCGAAGCGACUGGGUUACUUCGGCACACCUCAGUUCUACGUAGCCCUGAAGCUGCUCGCCGCCGCCCAGUCUGGUCUGCCCGUUCGGCUGGAGAGUGUAACGGCCAAUCUACCUCUUCCCAGAUUUGUUGGGCUGAAGAAUGAACCAGAGAUGCGAUACUCAACCGUCCCCCCCAGCAUAGAGGGUCAGGUGGUUCAGUUUGGGACUGCACCUGCUUCUGAGUCAUGGACGCCAGCUGACACCUUGAGACACCUGGAGGCCAGUGCAGAGAUGAAGGAGCCCUGGUCCCCCCCUCGAUCCCCGUGCACCUCCCCCCCCCACUCUCCUCUGACCUACCGCAGCCAGACAUACACCAACAAAAAUGGAGCUGAUUCACAAAUGUUCUAUGAAAGCAAACCGUCCUCACGGCAGGUCGUUAAGCUGGAGCAGCACCCCUCACCCAGUAACUACGGGACCAAACCCGGUGUAGAGCAUCCUGCGAUGGCACGGGCUGUGUCAGCGGAGAGGCUUGCCCAGCAGACUGCAGAUGAUUAUUCUGAUGAUGACCCCUGGAGGAUCACAGAGGAACAGCUGGAGUAUUAUACAAAUCAGUUCAGGAACCUCCAGCCUGACCUGGGAGCUCUCAUACUGGGAACUGUUGCAAAAAACUUCUUCACCAAAUCCAAGCUCCCAAUACCAGAACUCUCCCACAUCUGGGAGUUGAGUGAUGUGGAUAGAGAUGGAGCUCUCACUUUCUCAGAGUUCUGCACAGCCUUUCAUUUGAUUGUGGCACGCAAGAAUGGCUACCCUCUCCCAGAGAGCCUUCCCCCCACGCUGCAGCCAGGGUUCCUGCAGCAGGAGGACGACCUGCCAGAUACUCCUGAAAGUGCAGAGCCUCUUAUUGUCUUUGAGGAUGCUGAACCAAGGCCCAGUCAGAUGGAUCUAAGCAUUAUAGAGAGAAUCCAGCCAAGUUUAGCAGCACCAAAACAAGACAUGAAAGAUGAAUCCUGUAAAAAAGAUGCGAGUUUGAAGCGGCUGACAAUAUCUGAAAAGAAACGUACUCUACAGCUUGGUACAUUUCCUGAGAGGCCAGAGCUGCCUCAGGACCUAGAUCCACAGAUGAGGACCAAAACUAGACCGAGGUCCUACUCUAGCAAUUCCUUCGAAGAUGCAAUGAAGAAGUCCGAGGAGCCUCCGACCCCCCCACCUCGACCCCAGAAAACCCACUCCAGAGCCUCCUCGCUGGACCUCAACAAGCUCUUCCAGCAGGGCAAUCCAGGUGUAAAAAGUGGAUGGCUGAUGCCUCCUCCGGCCCUCCCUCCACGACCACUGACAUCACAGGUUCCUUAUUUUAUCCACGCUUCAGAGAAACCUCCCUUGAGUAAAGUGCAGCAGCCAAACUUCGCAGACUUCAGUCACUUUAAGGAAGAGGAGGAGAGCAGAGUAAAACCUGAGGAGCAGACUUUACGAUCCAGAUUUGGUCCAAAUACUGAAGACUUGACAAAUGCUCCAAAGCAGGACGUUAUGGCUGUUUGUCCCAGUCAAGCUCCACAGAAACCAGUUCGAAGGAAGUACCACCCAGAGAGCCAGAACCCAGAGGCCACAUCUUUACCCGCAGUGACGUUUCCUCACCCCGCCAAACCCUCUCAAAAACAGAAGAGGGAGAUUCAGAUGGCCAUCCGUAAGAAUAAAGAAACCAACGCAGUGCUGACACGCCUCAACAGUGAGCUCCAACAACAACUCAAGGUGGUUCACCAGGACAGGGUCACCUUGGAGUCCCAGCUCGAGCUUCUGAGGCCUCUAGCCUCGACGUGACCGGGCCACAAGUCUGGUUAGAACCACGUUCCCGGUGUUUCACUGAGGUACAUCAAUGUCUCAAUGUUUGAGCCAUGUGACGUAUACUGAGUGAAUGUGAAAGGGCUGACGGUGGAAACAAAGGUGCAUUGUAGACACAUAAGGAUGUGAUUACGCUCCACGCCCGAAUGUUCCUUUGUAUUAUUUUUAGUGCAGUUUUGCAGGAUUAAUCCAUGCAUUCUUUAAAUCAUUCUGUGAUAUGCACAUGAAAAAUAUCCUGUUUAUUCACUGUGACAUU